AUGGUAACAAGAUCAGUCGCGCAUGCUCAGAAGAUGCUAUUGAAAAGACACAAGGGAAACAACCUCAGAUCCGAUGAAACCCCCAGAGAACAUGCUACUCAACGCGAAGCCAGUGGUAUUCUCGAAUUGUCACCAAGAAAGGAUUGGAAGGCCAGACACGUGUAUCUCAAAGGACCAGAACGAUCAGUCGAAUCUAUCAAGAACGUGAAACGCUACGCCAGAGUAGACCCUGAAUAUGCAGAGCAAGACGAAACUCAACGCUGGAGAACAGAACAUUUGUUCGAUGCCAAUAUUAAGAACGAAAGACAAUGGAAGAUGCUGAGUCGGCAAGCAUACCGGGAUCUGUUGGACGAUUCUGACUCUGAAUAUGAUAUUUCAGAGGAGCAUCUUGGUCACUAUGAUGGCUGUAUCGAUUGUUAUGAUUUUGUGAAAACGAAGAUGAAGACGAGUUUGAGGAUGACAUUGAAGAUGAAGAUAUGCCUGAUCAAAACUAAUUAUGAUUCAUGGAGUCUCACCGGCUGA